AUGAUUAUUUCGUCGACAGCACAGUCGACUAAGGCGGCAGCGACAGUUGCGGAAACGAGAAAUUCUGAAGCUGCCGAUAAAGCAAAGUCGAUAACAGGCGGAGAAAACGGCAACUUCACUGAAACAGGCUUUUUCGAAAGCGAAGAAGCUACGGAUGAACAAAAAGUGGAAGAUGCCGGAGUGCUGAGCGGCUCAGAAAAUGAAGAAAAUGAGCUGAAUGCUAGGAAAAGAAAGAAACAUUGCCAUCAUCGUCGUGCUCAACGGCUGCUGAAGUGUUUGCUGAAACACCAAGAAUCCGAUCAGCGGAUUCAGGCCAAAUUAACGCGCCCCGAAGAAAUUGUCACGUAA